AUGGGCGUGGCCAUGGUUCUACUCCUCCUGAUAGCCAUCCCCCUAUUGGUUCACACCAUGAAAGGGGGAGGAGCUAGCCAAGGAAGUGGCGGUGAGGGGACCCAUUAUGAGAUGCUGGGAAGCUGCAGAAUGGUCUGCGACACAUAUAGUACUGCCCAACCAGGCCAGGAGCUGACAGCCAUGUCCCCUCAACCGGAAUAUCCCGGGCGGAAGAAAACAGGGUACCGCGGGGUCCCUGGGAUCCCUGGUCCUCCAGGCGCCCGAGGACCCCCUGGGGAAUCAGGCAAGCCAGGGCCACAGGGGCCUCUUGGCCCUGGACCUAACGGUUACUUCCCCUCCUACAGCCCCAAAAUCGCCUUUUAUGCAGGGCUAAGGAAACAGCACGAGGGCAGCGAGGUGUUGAAGUUUGAUGAUGUGGUAACCAAUGUAGGGAACUACUAUGAGCCAAGUACUGGGAAGUUCACCUGUCCUCUACCUGGUAUCUACUUCUUCACCUACCAUGUUCUGAUGAGGGGCGGAGAUGGGACCAGCAUGUGGGCUGACCUGAAAAAGAACGGACAGGUGAGGGCCAGUGCCAUCGCCCAGGAUGCGGACCAGAACUAUGACUAUGCGUCUAACAGUGUGAUCCUGCAUCUAGACGUGGGGGACGAGGUGUGUGUACAGCUGGACGGGGGGAAGGUCCAUGGAGGAAACACCAACAAAUACAGCACCUUCUCUGGGUUCCUCAUCUACCCUGACUGACUGAAUUGACCAACUUGACCGACUGGACUGACUGACCUUCACAACUUUAAAAAGACAAGAGAGGCUGUGGGCGGACUGCAGGAGCUGAAGGCAACACAGACAGAUGCAGACAAACACACACACACACACAUACACACAAACACACAUAUACUCAUAUACAUACAUAUACACACACAAACAGUACACACA